CCAGUCAACAGCCGAUUACCAGGUGACAAUCCCAUACCCUUUGAAAUGAAGAAACCGGGAGUGAUUUUCCUCUUAGGACAUGAGCGAGUCGUUCGUCUGGCAGAGGGGUCCGUCCGUAGUUCCCACCGCAUGGCCACAGAAAGAGAGUCUGACAGAUUCACCUCCCAGUUGCGUCACGGACAUGCGGUUGAGAGUGCAGUGGUGUGAGUAUCCGAGUCAGGAAAUUGUGAGAAACCAACGCCCACUUUUGACAAAAUACCAUUGGCAAGUGACGUAGGCCCGCUGUGACGUCAUUCCCUCCACGUAGGCCUAUCGCUUGGUCAAGGGUUGCCCGAGACAGGAGCUUGGACAUCGCGAAUCUGUAGAUCAAUUGCUUUCCUUUUCCUCUCUCUUCUCUUUUCCCUCCCCUUCCCCCUCCCUCUCCCUCCCUCACCCUCUUUCCCUCUCUCUCUCCCUCCCUCUUUCCGUCUCUCUUCCUUCCCCUCCCUCCCUCUCUCUUCCCCUCCCUUCCUCUCCCUUCUCCUCCCUCCCUCCAUCGCUCCUCCGUCUCCCUCUCCCUCCCUCUUUCCGUCCUCCCUCCCUCUCCCUUUCCCUCCCUCUUUCCGUCCUCCCUCCCUCUCCCUUCUCCUCCCUCCCUCCCUCUUUCCCUCCCCCACUCUCUUCUUCCCUUCCGCCACAACGCCGAACCGCCGCCAAUUCUCCGCCAUGCUAAGUCUCCCUCCGAAAUUCCGAUGGCGCGCGGGUGUCGUUCUCGUCUUCGGCAGCAUAUUCUUGGUGCUGUCUGUCACCUUCUUCAGCGGCCCUGGCUACCCCUUUAACGUGCCUCAGCAUUACGAAGGAAGCUCGGCCAUCAGCAGGAGACAGCUCGCCCGACGUCUCCUGCAAGUCCAGAGACAGAUCGAUAGUCUUGCGGGUAAGCAAGGUAAAGUUGAUGCCGCUUGGUCGAGGGAACUGUUGGCUGUAGCGGAGGAGAUAGACCCCCGCGUGUCGUCCGAGGAUGGAGAUCUCCCAGUCCAGUCCAGGAAUCAGCAGCGGAACAGCAGAGAGAUAGCAGUCAGGGACAAAGCAGAGAAUGGUUCACCGCCUCCAACGGCCAGCCCAGAAGUGGCAGUGUGCCCGGAGGUGUACUUGGGCAGAGAGGCUGAUGUGAUGUACCAGAGCAAUUUCAGAACUAUCGAGUGCACGAAUGCCUUGGCUUUUAAGGACUUAGUUACGGUUGUUCUCUCAACAAAGGGCUGGGCAGUAGAGAGGGUGAAAUUUGUUGCUAGACAAAUCCUGAAGUAUUAUGAUGUAAAUAUAUAUAUAUUAGUGUUUGGCAUAAAUGAAAGAAUAGAUGUUGAUAAUACUAAUAUAAAAUAUUUCUCAUCAGGAGUACUUGAAUCAAAAGCCAUAAACAGUGUCUUGUCUUACAUCAAUACGCCUUAUAUAUUUCUCACAAGUACCCUAACUCACUUCUCAGAACAGUCUCCCUUAGAUCGUCUGGUUAGAGUACUGGACGAUCUUUAUCACGUGGGAGUAGCCACAGGGGCUUAUAGAGAUCUUGAGGGGCUGUGGCAUCACGGCUGCUUACAAGUGACCAUGGAAAAUUACCAGCUGUCUUACGAGCGCGGGUAUGAACACUCAAAAGAUGAAUGCAUGUACUGCGAUGAUGCGCUCGGUCCAAUGAUACUGAGGACUGAACUGCUGGCAAAGGUACCCAUGAAAGAGACUCUCGAGGGCUCAGUAAUGUAUAGGGAUUGGUUUUUGAAUGUUCGACUGACUGGUUCACUUGUUGUGGCUUGCCCUGAUUUGAUGUUCUUUGUUGACACUGAACCUGUCAUGGUGCAAAAAGAUUGGCUCAGAGUGGCUCAAAUAUGGUCUGUCCAAUAUAUCCACCCCUAUGAUGGUGAGGAAUUGGAGUUUUCAUGUGAACAAGCUGAAAUUAAAUGUACCAAUCUCCUUAAAUCUGUAGCUCUGUUUCUUGUGCCUCCAUGUUGCAAGGAGAAGCUGCGUUAUGAACUUGGACUCUUCCAAGAUUGUGCUGAAGAGCUUGGAUUAUAUUAUGAACUGCAGGCUGGAAGCUUGCUAGGAGCUGUUAAAACUGAUGGCUUGCUUCCCUGGGAUUUUGAUACAGAUACUAUUACAGAUUGUAAAGAUCAGUCCAUUUGGUUAUCAGAUGGUAUGAAAUGCAUGAAGAGAAAAGGUUGUUAUUCAAAACUAAUUGCUGGUAACUAUUGGACAUCAACAUGUGAACAAAGCACAAUAGAUAUAACAUGUAGACAUAACACCACAAUCUAUUUACCAGAGGAAUACCGUCAAAUACCAACACAGAUCAUGUUCGACGGAAGAAAAACGUGGGUAAAGGCUAACCCAGGACGUGUAGCAAGAAACAUGUAUGGUCAUGAGUACCUGAAGCAUGCUGCACAUUGGCGCCAUGUAAGCUUAACUGGCAUGGAUGAUGGAUCAGGAGGUGUUGGCAGUUGGAAGACCUGCAAAGAGCCAGGAUUUCAUGCGUGCCUUGAUCAUUUUCCUGUUGAUGGAAACCUAAAAUUCAAAUGGAAGAAGCAAAAGAAUUGAAUGAAAAUGUGUCUUGUCAAAUGUCCUGUUAUGAAUGGUUUGAGCAUGAUUCUUUUUAUAUGUCACAUGAAUGUUUCAUGCCUUACUGUUAAAUAUUACUAUGCAUCUAGUCUCUUUGUAUGAAUUAUAUAUUUGAUGAUAUAUUUUAGAUAUGGCAUUCCAAUAUAUAUUCAUUUGUCUUUAAGGA